UUUAACAGGAAGAAACCUCCGGCAGAACCAGGCUCAGGGAGGGGCGGGGCCAUCUGCUGUGAUUGGUUGGGGUGGGAGAAGCAAAACACCAUCUUUGACACUUAAAAUACAAAAUCAAAGACCAUGGGGUAUGUCUGUUUGUUGUUUGCACCAACAGGCAUCUGGAGCCAUCAUCAAGUGGACACUCAAAGAACUGCAGCAUUUAGGAAUCGCAUGCUAAAUACUGCAGGCUGUUAUUCUGCAGUCUGGCCUGAUAGAAUAGAAUAGCCUUUAUUGUCAUUGUACAUGUGCAAUGAAAUUGUGAUGUACAGUAGGAGAGAGUUAGGAUGAAAUCUUCAGCAGCUCCACAGAAUUCAGCUCUGGGUUUGAAACCAGUAUAAUUCUGUGGGUUUCUCUCAAGACAGCGUAUCACUCCACAGACACACAGACACUUUCAUUCUGAUCUAAUUAGGCUAUCUGUUAUUGAAAUAACAAUAAUAACAACAAUUGAAAGAAAACUUUUUGUAUGCCUGAAAAACAGAAAUAGGAAAAAGUAUCCAGAGAUGGAGUAAUUCGAUUAUCUUAUCUAACACACAAUAAUCAUAUACUGCAGAUUAUCUCAAUGCAAACACUAUGAACAAAUCUUACUGUGAAAAAACAUGAAAUCACCCUGUGUUCAGUUUGAAACUGUGGGACUGUUCAUUGCUUCUAAUCACUUUUCUCGUCAUGGGACUGCAGGUCACUUGACAUCCCUCCCACCAAACUCAACGUCUUUCAUUAGGAGAUGAGAUGUGAUUUAAUAAACCUGCCCUGCUUCACCACAGUACAGACACAUGUCACAUCAUUCUAUAGAAAAAAAACCCUCAAGAAAGCUUAAUACUUUCCACUUUUUCCACAUUUUAAGCUACACAGAUGUGGAUUUUCUUCAUAAAGCCCCAUUGAUUAUCUUAAGUCUGAAUGGACCUUUUCUAAGCAGCCAUGGCUUGGAACAGAAGUCUAACAGUCUAAUUUAAUCAUAAGGAGUGGGGUGGGAGAUUCUCCCAGAGUUGAUUAAGGGAAUAUUAAGAGAAACCAGUAAGAGAUUUACCUUCAGAUCUCUGUGGCUGCUCCGUCUGCGUGAAGCUAGUUUGUAAAACUUUAGCUUUAAAUUAAAAGAACAAACAAAAAACAACUUGAUUUCUUGAAUUCAAGAUGAAAACAGCGGAUUCAUUCUAGAAAAUAUUCUGAAAGAAACGCCUUUAAGAGCUGAAGCGUCGACCGGCAGGAGGAUUUUCUCCUGGUGAGACAGAAACAUCAGUGAUGUCGAAGCUGCUUAGCUCUCUGCUUCUCCUGUGUUUACUUCCAGCUGUGGUUCCCCUCUUCUGUUACACCUGUGUGUUCCCCACCAUCUCCCCUCUGGACUGCAUCAGAUUCCCCCUGAAGUGUCCACCUGGGCAGCUCUGUCUGUCCAGCCGAGCCGUGGGUGAGAAAGGGGACUUCCGUGUGGUUUUGUACGAGAAGAGCUGCGUCCUGCCCUCCCUGUGCGGAAUCACGGGUGAAAAAUACGCGCUGGGACUCAACUUCACCUUCACCAAUGAAUGCUGCAACACUCACUUGUGUAAUGGUGCUGCUACAUCUGCUGCCCCCUACUGGAUUGGGACAUUAUUCACACUUCUAACUCUGUACUCCGUUUGGUGAAUAGUCAACGAUAUAAAGCAGUUCGGCAGAGAUAGAGUUCCUAUUUCCGCCCUCUAACGGACAAAAGCUGUACUAAACUUUUUUUAAACAAUAUAUUUAUUUAUUUUUACUCUAACAGUAAAUCGGUAACAAUGAGGCAAGCGCACCAGUGUAGUUCAAGUUCAAGUUCAAAUUUUAUUUGCCACAUGCAGUGGCAGGUUGCCCUGCAGUGGAAUGAACCCGCCCCC